GAGCCAUAAAGCGUUUUUAUUUGAUCAUAGUCGUUUUUUUUAAUCAACAAUUUUUUAUAGCUCAUUUAAAAUGUUUUUUUUACCAACAAAUUAUUAAAUGAUAAAAAAAAAUGAAUAAAUGUACUUAAACCGAACAAAAAAUUGCGUUGCAUUAAUGCAGUAAAUUUACUGUCCUGUGAAAAAGGGGUGCUGCACCCCUACUUCACGCGCCCAUGGACAUAGACCUACUCAUGUGGCUAUAACUCGUCAGGUAUCUUAUCUCAACUCCUCAGUCGAGAAACCAUGUGACAACCUGGAAAGAGAAAACAUUGUAAAUAGUUAGCCUAGGUUUCAUUUUUCAACCGACUCUGCCGGAGCAAUGACUGAACAACAGCAAGAAGAAAAACGCUACGAUCCUAAUGACACAACACUGAAGUUUGUAACGCGACAGGAUGACAUAACCGGGGAUGAUGACCCCGAGACUCGUCGAGCUGAGAUGUCUUGUGGUCAUGCUGUCACUCCACAGUCACUGACUGGGUGGUGUCGUAGUCUACUCGACCAGGGUCAGCACAAGUUUAUGUGCCCUGCACUUAAAGAUGGCACACUCCAAAGAUGCAAUGCAGAAUGGCCCUAUGUGGAGGUGCGGCGGUUGGCUGUACUAACACAAGAGGAACAGAGCCAUUUUGAAGAGACAAUGGCUGUCCUGGCUGCAGCUGAGUACUGUGAACACAUAACAUGUCCUGGCUGUCAAACAUUUGUUGAGAGAGCCGACAUUACCAACCUCUGUGCCAUUUGCACAAUCUGCACGGCUGAAAAGGGUCAUACAUUUCAGUUCUGUUGGCAGUGUAUGAAAGAGUGGAAAGGUCCAGGCCCUCGAUCUGACCGCUGUGAAAACUCUGGAUGCACCAAUCCUGACAUCGAAAAGCUGACAAAAUGUCGUUAUAUAACGCUACCUGAAGUUAAAAAUGUGAGUUGUCCCUCCAUGCGAGCUUGCCCCACUUGCGGCAACCUUGUGGAGCAUGACACAACAGGGUGCAAGAAUAUCAUAUGUAAUCGCUGCAGGGUUGAAUUCUGCUUUGUGUGCCUGAAAGUCACUCAAGAAUGUUUACAAACAAGCAGUUACUUCAUUGGCUGUUCAGCUGGAGUCGCGCCACGGCAGACUUCCAUUCCAACCUGGAAUAGAAAUUAAAAACAUCGAAGCCAAACAGAAUGACAAGUAUAUUGAAACGUUUCUGCAUUCUUUAUGCUUUAAUAAAUAAGCUGUGAUUCUAUAUAAAUAUCAGCUACAUAAGGUGAAGGUUUUCUGUCAAUUGUUUGUAUUCUCUAAAUAAAAUGGUAUGGAAUGGAAUAAAAUGUAUUGUGUUCAUAGUGUAGAAGUGUCACGUGGCAACCUAAAUUUGUUUUUGCAUAACUGCACUACUAUAUGAAAAUAAGUCAGUUAGCUGAGGAAUAUUGUACCAUGGGAUAUUUAAUCAAUACCAAAAAUAAAUAAAACAAUCAUUGGAGUACAUUUGACAAGAAAAUACUGUUUCAGUAUUGUAAUUUUAAUGUUACUUGUCAUUUCUCUGUAAUUGUUUGUGAAAUUUAAUAAUAAAAUUGUU